GCAGACGGUGCACCGGCCGAAAAUACAACAAGAAGAAGACAAAACACAGAUAAAGCCAUGGCUCCCAGGAAAAGGACUACGAAGCAGCCCAAAAGCAACCCCAAGACAGCCAAACUCGAAGCUUUUCUUGAUGAUUUUGAUAGCGAAGUGAAGACACGAGUGGUGCAGUUGAAGGAGAAGCUGAGCCAGCUGUUGAAGGACGUGGAUAAUGGAUACAACAUGGCCAUUAUCAAACUGCCCAAAGCCGUCAGACAACUCAACUGGAUUGAGCACUGCAAGUCAGAGAAGCCAAAAUCUCCUGAAGUGGAUAACGUGAAGAGAGAAGAGCAGGCGGCCAUUGUGGAGAGUGUUGUGGCUGAGGACCAUGCUGUGCUUCUGCAGACGGUGAAGAAAACUUCAAAGAAAAAGGGCAGCUCCAAAUCCAGCUCAGAGGAUGAGACUCCGAGCACCACCCGAAAGACGAGAGCAACAAAGAAACCUCCGACGACAUCCAAACGAGCGAAGGCCCUGUCUGUGAACAAACAGAACUCCACCAUCCGCAGGUCAAACCGAAAGCCUUUAGUGACUCCAGCGAGGACCAUGAUGGACUCGUCCAUCAUGAUGGGCCCCACCCCCCUCGUCACGCCCCGCUUUGACCCCAGACUCCCCAAGACUCCGGCGGUGAGGGUCCCCCGACACAAAGAGCGCGUCUACAGCAUCUCUGUGAACGGCUCGCCCAUCGCUGGGGGCAACGACGACGUUGUCAUCAGUGUCCCCAUUGGCAACGGAGAGAGUAUUCAGCUGUUGGCCAGUCAGAUGGACUCUGUGGACCUGUCUCUGCUCGAUGAGACGGCUCUGAGGAGUAUUCAGCAGCUACAGAACCGCCUCACUUCUUUGUGUGGAUUGUCGAAGUGACCCACCUCCUGACCUCUGACCUUAUUUUAUCUGAACAGUUCUUUUUAGUGUUUUUAGAGGUUUGUGAAAGAUUUGGAAUGAAUGAGUUUUAUUCUGUGUAUAUAUGCAAUCUAUUUUGUAUUCAUUUUGAACCACAAAUGUGUUUUUAUUUACAAACCAGGUCUUGGUCUAAAACACCCACAUUACAACUGC